AGAGAGAGAGAGAGAGAGAGAGAGAGAGAGAGAGAGAGAGAGAGAGAGAGAGAGAGAGAGAGAGAGAGAGCCUAAAGAUGAUGAAGGGGAGCAAGUCUUACACGGAGUAUUCGUCCUCUUUCUCAACUGAUGAGUUCAGUUACGGUCAGAAUCCCUCAAACUCCUAUAGCUUCAAUGGUCCUUGCAUCAACACAGAUCCUGAGAUAAAGAGAAAGAAGAGAGUCGCUUCUUAUAACCUCUUUGCCACGGAGGAGAAGCUCAAAAGCACUCUUAAGAACAGUUUUAAGUGGAUCAAGAACAAAUUUUCUGGCGAUGAUAAUAGUAUCCGGUACAACGUCUAAGACUACUCCACUUAUCUUCUGAUAUUUCUUCUCUUUCUUCACUUUUAAUUAUAAUAUAAGCAUAGGUAAAUUAAUAUGUAAAUUGUGUGCGCUAGAUUAUGUAUGUAUGUGUGAGAGUGUAUUUCAAAGUUUGUAUCAGGUUGUGUUACUCACAUGGAAAUGCAGAUGUUAUGUUCUUGA